CUCUAUAUAUAAUCCAUACCUCUCUUGUUAUCUUCAAAUUCUUCGAAGCCCUGAAAAAUCUCUUCGAUAAAAAAAAAAAAAAAGAAAUGGAAGGAGAAACCAGGAUGAUGAUGAACACGAAGAAGGAAAAGAGAAGGAUAGUGGUUGCAGUAGACGAGAGCGAAGAGAGUAUGUAUGCUCUUUCAUGGUGUCUCAGCAAUCUGUUUUCUACCAACUCUGACAACACUCUUGCUCUCCUCUACGUCAAGCCUCCGCCUCCGGUCUACUCCACCAUUGAUGCAGCAGGGUAUAUGUUUUCUAGUGAUGUGAUUGCUGCCAUGGAAAAGUAUGGCAGUGAUUUGGUGGAUUCUGUGAUGGAACGAGCUCUAGCUGUGUGUAGGAAGUCUUCAUACAAUAUAAAUGUGGAGAGAGUAGUCGGGAGUGGAGAUGCCAAGGAUGUAAUAUGCAGCACAGUGAAGAAACUCAAAGCUGAGACUCUGGUCAUGGGAAGCCAUGGUUAUGGUUUCUUCAAAAGGGCCCUUCUGGGAAGUGUGAGCAAUUAUUGUGCAAAGAAUGUAAAGUGUCCUGUUGUGAUUGUGAAGAAAGACAAAUAAGCUUUUCUUCCUCCUCUCUCUCCAUAGCCAAUGUAGUCUUAGUCUAUCAAGAACCAGGAGCAUACAUGUCCCAAUUAAGCAGUA